CCAACAAACAAACAACACCAGACGCAUGUUAUCACGCCUGAAGUUGUUCCCGCCUUCAUCGAGCGCCGCGGGAACACAUACGCUGCGUGUGAGUGGUGGAUAUGGACAGUCCUGAGAAUAAGGUGCCUGUCGAUCUUUCGAGGUGUAUCAGCUUGGACGACUUCCAACGACAAGCGAAGCCUAUCCUGGGGAAGGCUCUAUACGAGUAUGUCGCUUCUGGCACGGACGAUGAGCAAACGCUCUCGGAGAACCGCCAAGCUUUCAAGCGCAUGUUCUUGCUGCCGCGUAUGAUGCGAGUCGUGUCCGACAUUGACCUGCGGCUCGAUGUUUUCGGGCAGCGGUUGUCGAUGCCGGUUUUCGUGUCGCCGGCCGGCGUGCACAAGCUCAUGCACCCCGAGGGGGAAUGCGCGACGGCGAGAGCUUGCGCUGAAGCCGGUACCCUCAUGGGGGUCUCCCAGCACGCCACGGUAUCGUUGGAGGAUGUGGCGGCCGCGGCUCCGCGGUGUGCCCGAUGGUUUCAGCUGUACAUCCUGAAGGACAGGGAAUUGACGGCCGGCAUAUUGCGGAGGUCCGAAAAAGCUGGCUACACGGCGAUUUGCCUGACCGUGGACAGCGUAAGAUUCGGGUCGAGAGAGGCAGACUGGCGCAAUAACUUCAACGGGCUCCCACCAGGAGUCACUUUGGCCAACUACCCCACGCAGGACGGCUAUAACGACAGGGUCAAGGACGCGUGGGACCAAAACACGGAGAAGCUGUUUGACGAAAGGGCUACCUGGUCGGACAUCGCUUGGUUGAAGUCGCUCACGUCGCUGCCGAUUCUGGUCAAGGGGAUUCUGACCGCCCAAGAUGCCGUUUCGGCUGUUGAAGCCGGCGCAAGCGGGGUCAUCGUUAGCAACCACGGGGGGCGCGCACUGGACGGAUCGUUGUCGUCGAUCGAGAGCCUGGCCCCGGUGGUCAAGGCGGUGCGGUCCGUCCCGACGGGUGCAAGCGUCCCGAUAUUCUUGGACUCGGGCGUGCGCAGGGGAACUGAUGUCGUCAAAGCGCUGGCGCUAGGCGCGACGGCUGUACUUCUAGGGAGGCCCAUGUUUUUCUCACUGGCUGUGGGAGGGCAGGAGGGCGUCCAGAGAAUGUUGAGUAUCAUCAGGGACGAGCUGGAAGCCGCCAUGGCACUCUGCGGUUGCCAGAGGCUGCAAGAUAUAACGAAGGACCUAGUAACGGACUUUCGAGAGGGUGGGAGCGCCUUCCAUCGCCCUCGACUCUAACCGGAGAAAUCUGUCACCUACUUACCGCGCACCAUCGUCAGCGGCAGCCCCUUGCUUGGUACAGACACAAUUCAGGGCCCGCUUUGACGUUGACGGCGUGCGUAAGUUGACGUCGACACAUCGAGUCGACGAGCGGCGGACGGUGGUCGAGCCCCGCUGGCUACCACAGUUCAAGGCAGGAACCCUUAGUGUGUAGGAGAGGGGAGACCCUACUCGGCGACAGCGGCUGGUCAGACUGGAUGCUUGGCGGAAAGCACACACAAAGCCAUCGAAGGAAUGGCUCACACUCCCGACAGAGCGGACUUGGUUGACAAACCAGGAAACACAGCGACACGUUUCCUCCGGCAGCACCAGCGAAUAGGCGAGAGAAUGUUCUACAACCACCGCCGUACCUACACUCAAAGUGACGAAGGCCGCGGCUAAAACCCUCGAACGGACCGAGGGUAGGAUGUGACGUAUGUAUACGAAUGGAUGUGGCUAUAAUUUAUUGACCCAGAGAAAUUUGCUUGAUCAUCAAGACAGCAACUACAUAGCUGAUGCUUUGGAGAGGCCGAGAUCGAAAACAGCAGUGCCAUGCACGAACUAUGCAAGACACGCGAUGUACGUGCAAUGUUGUGGCGAUGUGUUUGUUAACUGUUGUCAAAUGGCGUGGGUAUUGCACGAGAACCUAAACGUGUAGAGACAAACUUUGAGCUUUCUCUGUGCUUACUCAGUUGCAUGUACAUCUACAUCUAUCAAUCGACGCC